AGUGCUGCCUAUCAGUGCCACCUAUCAGUGCCAGUCAGUGCCGCCUAUCAGUGCCAUCAGUGCUACCUAACAGUGCCAGUCAGUGUGCCGCCUAUCAGUGCCAUAUAUGAGUGCUGCCUUUCAGUGCCCAUCAGUGAUGCCUGUCAAUGCCCUUCAGUGCCACCUACCGGUGCCUCCUCAUCAGUGCCAUCUAUGAGUGCCCAUCAGUGCAACCUAUCAGUGCCCAUCACUACAGCCUCAUUAGCGCACAUCAGUAAAGGAGAAAAAUCACUUAUUUACAAAACUUUAUAA